AUGAUGUACACUGCAGACCCACAGAAAACUUUCAAUACAGAACAGUAUACAGUGUGUUGUUAUAGAACCAAGAUGUACUCUUCUGUUAUCACUGUGACCUGGCUCUGUUCUACCAUUCUGUUCGGUGUCUGCCAUGGAUUUUUGUUUGGAGAUUUGUUCGGAGCAGGAGGAGGCAUGGGUGGGGGGAUGGGAGGAGGAGGAAUGGGAGGAAUGGGAGGAGGAGGAAUGUUUCAGAUGAUGGCUAUGGGAGGAGCUGACAAUUAUAAUUCCAUGAUGGAGCAGAGAUAUGGUUGCCAAACAGACGGAGGUUAUUGUUUAGAUAUGUACCCACCUCCAGCAUCACAAGGAGGUGCUGGAGGAGAGCCACCGGAAGUCGAAAUGGAAGGAGGAGCACCAACUGCUCAACCUCAUCAGCCAGCUGGAGGCCAUGGAGGCCAUGGAGCCCCUGGAGCCCACGGGAGAGGAAAAACCCCAGGCAGACCUGGCGCGAACCCUCCCCCGGCCACACCAGCACCUCCACGAAGGAUGGUUGCUCACCCGAUGCAUUACAUCCGUCAGAACUGUAGGAGUUUUGAUUUUGACUACUUCAGUUGCGGUAGAACAGGGGGCGUGUGUUGUUACCAGAGGCCAUAG